UUCAGGCCGGGCGGAUAGUUGUUCUGUUUCCUCGGGCUGGGCUGUGGAGGAUUUUCUGGGCGGAGGAGUUGCGGGGAGGCUGCGGCGGAGCGCCAGGGACUGACCGACAGACCGACUGACGGCCGCCAGGUCCGCGCCGCUGCUAAGGGCUGGGGGCCGUCUUUUUCUAGAAACCUGAAAAAUGUCUGGAUUUCUGGAAGGGCUUCGAUGCUCAGAAUGCAUCGAUUGGGGAGAAAAGCGUAAUACCAUUGCAUCCAUUGUAGCUGGAGUUCUGUUUUUUACAGGGUGGUGGAUCAUCAUAGAUGCAGCUGUCAUUUAUCCCUCAAUGGAAGACUUCAACCACUCCUACCAUGCCUGUGGAGUAAUAGCAACUCUUGCCUUCCUUAUGAUUAAUGCAGUGUCCAACGGACAGGUCCAUGGUGAUAGCUAUAGCGAAGGAUGCCUGGGUCAAACAGGUGCUCGAAUUUGGCUGUUCAUUGGAUUUAUGUUGGCCUUUGGGUCUCUGAUUGCAUCUAUGUGGAUUCUCUUUGGAGGCUAUGUCGUUAAAGAAAAACCAAUAGUGUACCCUGGAAUUGCUGUUUUUUUCCAGAAUGCAUUUAUCUUUUUUGGAGGCCUGGUCUUUAAGUUUGGCCGCACUGAAGACUUAUGGCAAUGAAGAGGCCUGGUUUCCCUCAGAAGCCCUGCUUGGCACUUGUGUUGUGUUUUGUUUUUAUAGCUCACUCCCGAUCUUUUGUAAUACCAUUUUAUAAACUUUGCUGAAUAUCCUCUUGGGUGAAAAGUGACAAGUUGAUAAAAAAAAAGUGGUGAAAGUGAUGUUAUAAGAAACUCAGAAAGUUACAGAACAUUCUAAAAUCAUGAACUUACGAGGUUUCACAUAUAUAUAUAUAUAUAUAUAUAUAAAAUUCCUUCAACCUAAGUAAGUACUUGAUUAUUAUGAAUUUAUGAAGUAUUAAUGGAAAAUAUUUCACCAAAGUGACUCUGCUCUAGUUCUGUUAUGAUGUAACUUGUUUUAGAAAGUAAGUGGAAGAACAAUCUAGGGAAAUAAUUGUGUGUGCAUAUGUAUUUGGCAUCAUGUCUAAGUCCAAAAUUGCAAUUAAAAGUGCUUUAAAAGAUUUAAUAUAUUUAUUUGAAACAAAAUAUAUAAACAUUUCCUUGUUUUAUAAAGCUACCUGGUGAUCAGAA